CAUGUCAUUACUUUACCACGCGAUCAAUGAAUUUAAUCUAACGAGGUCACAAAUACGUUAAAUACAGCUUUAAAGUUUAAAUUUUGCAUUUUUCGCAUUUUAUACGCCUUCGUCUUUCUUUAUUGUUCAAUACCAAGAAAUUGGAAAAAAAACAUCUGAAAAUGAGAAGAUUAACCUUUUUCCUUGGGGACAAGCCUGAUAUUCCCAAACCUGCUAAUUUGGUUACCAGCGAACCGCAGCUUUUGAAUCAGAAUCGAAGAGAUAGUGCAGCAACCGAAAAGAAGCCAAUCAGGAUGCGAAAGCUAGGAAAACAAGAAAACACAAAGCAAGGAGGAACAGUGAACGUCUCUUUUGAACCCGACGCUACAAUACACGACACAGAUGAUAAGCCAGCUCAGAACGGCCACGUGAUCAAAGACGAGAGAAAACAAGCAUACUCUUCAACCAAAAUCUCAACUCGGAAUGUCGACUACCCUCCACUGUACAGUCUAUCCGAGAGCGCUUUUUCUUCAGUGGACAGUGGCGAUAACGCAAGCAGUGAUAGUGAAAAUAACCAAGAGCAUAACCAGACUACAAUCGAGUCAGUUGAUACUGUUGAUAGUAGCAUCCCGACCAUUAAAGUGAAUGGAAUUUCUGCAAUUGCGAACGGGAGACAACCACACGGACGUCUGCGGAUGUUGAUUGACACACAGACUCACAAUGAGAAAGACGAGGAUCCGGAACAACCCAAUGGACAAGGCGCACCUGUAGGAAAUUACUUGUCGGCGAAGAGCUUCCUCAAACGAAUGACCAGUAUCUCACAAGACUACAAUCGAAGAUCAUCCCUUAAUCUUUGGGCUCUCUCCGGGAUGGACUCGACGCUCGUUUACUCUCACGUGCGCACGCUUAAAACCAAAGACUUCUGCAAAGAAAUCAGAGGAAAAAUGGACGUAGAGGACUUCUUAGUCAAUGGUGAGACAAUGAUCGACCAUCCAGGGACCAAUACUGCAGAAAUACUUCACAGUGUGCUGGACCGACUUCGGUUGAAGGAGCCAACAAUUAAUAUCACGGAUAUAAUGGACGAAAUUAUGAAUGAACCUCUGGAUAUCCUGGCUGCGACCAUGCAAGGAACCCGGAUUCCUCCCGGGGGUUCCAGCGUCAUUGUUGACCAGUCGUGGAUAGUGAUCAUGAAAGCACUGGAAGACAUUACAAGACGACAUAUCACCAUAAUCAAGAUGAAGAACCUCGUUAACCUCGGAAACGACAGUCAGGAAGUCCGAUUUGUGAUCCUCAUUUUCACUCCGAGUAAGGAGAAAGGAACCAAGAGUUACAUGGAGGUCGCCAAGUCAUUCGCAACGUUAUUUACCAGCGAAGCCUUCCGACAGUCACUUCUCUCUUGCAUGGAUGAGUCAAGUUUCAAGAAAACCAUCGCCGAGAGAACCGAACGCUUGGUCGUACCUCCGAGAACCCGCGCGAAUAACCGCAGGCUGUCAGUCAUGCAAGAGGCUAUCACUGCGAACGAAUACGAGCACGAAAAGGAAGAGAAAAACUGGUUCUUCCUCUUUCGUGGGAUCCGAGAGGACAUUGUGAGGAAACUUCCGUUCUACAUCAGCGACUUUACGGACGGCAUUAAUGGCCGCAAGACCAAACCGAAAGUGUUCUCAGCUGUAUUCUUCCUGUAUUUUGCUUGUAUUUUACCAACCAUUGCUAUUGGGGUCGUUGAUGAUGAGUCUACGAACGAAAUUAUAGGAGUAAGAAAAUGUGUUCUGGCUCAAGCAAUAGCCGGAUUGACAUUUGGUUUCUUAGGAGGUCAACCAUUGGUUGUUCUUCUAUCAACUGCUCCAAUUGCAAUCUACACCAAAAUCAUGUACAAGUUUUCCGAAGAAUAUGGCAUGGAUUUCCUCGCAUUCUACUCGGCAGUCGGAAUUGCCACAUGGUUCUUCAUGACUUUGUACGCCGUAACGAAUCUUCCGAUAAUCAUGAAGUACUGCUAUAGAUCAGUGGAAGAAACCUUUGCUUUGUUCGUGGCCUUGGCUUAUGUUGUCGACGCUAUGAAGUCGGCGUAUAAAACAUUUGACAAAUUCUUUUGCGAUGACAGUAAUAAUUACUACAGUAAUGGUACGAUUGUUACAAAAUGGGAGGAGCAAGGCUACCCUCCAUGUUCGAAAGCAGCCUGCAUGCUUCUCGUGAUUCUAAUGCUUGCUACCUUCUGGCUCGCUCUCAGUCUAUUCAACUUCAAUCGGUCGCCGUACUUAGACGCCGCCAAACGAGAAAUCCUCUCGGGCUACGCGCUACCUUUCGCCGUCAUUGCGGUGACACUCCUCAAGGAAAAUGUUCUCGACGACAUCAACACUCAGAAGUUCAAGUUCAAAACCGGAGAUCAGGUUGUCGACUUCAAAAUCUCCCCUCUUUUUGAACUACAGUGGUGGGGAUGGUUCAUUGCUUUUGCAAUUGGAUUUUUCCUUUCUGUUCUUCUCUUUAUUGAGCAGAACGUUGCAGAGUCUUUAGUGUGUAGCGACGCCAAUAAAAUCAAAAAAGGAACUUCCUUCUACUGGGAUUUAUUCCUACUCGCGCAGAUAAAUCUCUUUCUAUCUCUAUUUGGCUUUCCAGUGGUGCAUGGCGCCUUACCACAUUCACCAAUGCACGUACAGGCCCUUGCGGACACUGAGCAAAGAAAUAACCAAGGAGUAAUGCAAGACGUCAUCGUACAUGUACGGGAGACCAGGGUAGCCACCAUACUAGCCCACCUAUUAAUCCUCAUUUCCUUUUUCUAUUUACUCCCUCAACCCAUGGACGCUAUCAAGGUACCUGUUCUCAACGGGGUCUUCCUAUUUAUAGCCGCCAUAUCCCUGCGGGGCAACGAACUAUUCGAACGUCUCCUGCUUCUGUUCACUGAGCAGACAGCUUACCCGCCCCAUCAUUAUGUAAGACACGUUCCUCAACGAAAGAUUCAUCUCUUCACCUUCAUUCAAAUCGUGCAGUUAGGUAUUUUGUGCGCACUCGGCUUCUCGUCCAUUGUUUACCUCAAAAUGAUUUUCCCACUGGUAGUGGUUUUGUUCAUGCCCAUAAGACAGAAAAUUUUCCCGCGAUUCAUGGACCAACAGUACCUGGAUGCCCUUGACGGACAUUAAAUUCAGCAAUUGACUUGACAAAAAAGUGACUGAAAUUGAACUUAAUUCAUAACUUAUUAUAUUUUCGCACUAAUCUAUCUUAUCGAUCAUUUUUAGAGUUAAAUACAUCA